AUGACAGAGUAUUCCUGCUCAUUCACCAGGUCCAGCUAUAGGACUCUGGCCAGACUCUGGCAGGUCCCACAAAUCCUGCUGGCCAUACUGGUAUCUCUGAUGGCCCUCACCUACCAAGAGAAAAGGAAAACCUUUCUGAGUGUCAAAGAAGUUCCUGCAUCAGAGUGCUAUGUGGCAGCCACUAUGCAGUAUGUGAUCAAUGACUUCAAUGAGAAGAGUGACGACAAGUACAGUUUCCAGACUGUGCAUGUCCUGAAGGUCCAGAAGCAGAUUACCGACCAUGUGUUGUAUCAUGUGAACAUGGAAAUGCGGCAGACCACCUGUCAAAAGUUUGAGACUACUAACUGCUCCUUUCAGGAAGGAGAGAUUUAUAAGCAAAUUGAAUGCUUCCACUCAGUGUUUGUUCCUUGGUUUGAAAAGUACAGAAUCCUGAACAAAAACUGCACCAAUGGCUAG